CACUUCCACCCUAUCCGACCGCUUCCACUCGCUUGUUUCACUCUCGCCGUCGACCUCAUUUUGCAGCUUCGUUUUUCCUUUGUCCCAGCAACCUCGCGGAAUUUCGUUUAUUGCAUGGCAUCUCCCCCCAGCGACUCAUAGCUUGGCCGAAUCCCGAUCAUCCGCCCUCCUUCACAAUGCGCCUGCCGGUGGCCCUCGUCCUCGGCGCGCUGCUUGGGGCCGCCCAGGCAUCUGUGGUCGUCCGACAGGACAACACCGGCUCAGAUACCACGACGGCUCCCGCCCCGACCAGCGGAGGCGGCGACUCGUCGACCUCUGCGCCGCCCGCCCAGACAACGCCGCCUCCGAGCUCGACGCCUGCGUCCUCGUCGUCCUCGUCCAGCAGCACCUCCGCCGCCGACAGCGACACCACCGUCUUCGAGACCGAGACCGUCACGGGCCCUGCCGGCAAGCCCAUCACCAGCACCCGGACUGUGACGGCGACCAGCAGCACCACGGUUGUUGUGACGGCCACCGUCUUUGUCACGCACACUGUUACUAGCAGCGGCGGCGAGACAGCCACCAAGGUCGUCUUUGACACCACCACUGUCUUCGCGACGCCCACCGACACCCCGCCCGCCAAGAAGCGCGCUGGCGAGAUUGCGCCCAGGACUGCGAUCGAUGCCGUUCCUACUGGUGCCCCCGAUGCCGACUACCUGGCCCAGUCUCUGGCUCUGCGCGACCUGGAGGCACGCGCCAUCUUCACCGAGGUUGUGACGGUGACCGUUGGAGGCGGUGGUGGCUCGACUGUUGUUGAAUCGACCACCCGGACGGUCAAGAAUACAGCCACCUCCCGCACCACCAUUACCAGCACCGUCACGACGACCGACCAGGUCGGUGCCAAGACGACGAUCACUUCGACCAGCCUCCUGACUGUCACGUCAACCCUUGUCACCACCGGCGUUCAAGAGACAACCACUCUGCCCCCUCAGUCCUCUGGCUCUGGCACGGGCGUUCCGGAUAACAACGGCAGCCAUGCCUCGGACAGCUCCGGCCUGUCUACGGGAGCCAAGGCUGGCAUUGGUGUCGGCGUCGGCGUCGGCGGUCUUCUCCUUCUUGGAGCCCUCCUCUUCCUCAUCCUGAGACGUCGCAACCGCGGCCCUCGACCUGAGCACGACGACCUCGUUGGCGCUUCCGAGGUUCCCGUCGGUGGUGGUCCUGGCGGCGGCGGCCUCAAUGGUGGAAGCAGCGCUGGCCAGCCUUCCAUGUCAUCUCACACCCCCUCGGCAGCGGCUUUCUUGGCUCCCGGCCGUGUCCCUGUCGCUCCCGAGGGUUAUCGCGGAACCGCUCUUGGAGAUGGACGUACUGGAUAUGCCAAGCCAGAGCCGUACGGCUCCGCCUACACCCCUAGCCCGACUACCACAAUGGCUCAGACCACCAGCCCUGCCUCGUUCGAGAGGGCGAAUCUGGUUCCUCCUGCUCAUGCCGACGCUGCUGAGCUGCCCAACGACAACCCGAACGCCUCGAAAUGGCACGAUCCCAAUGCCGCUGAGAUUGACGGCCACGCUCUCGUGAACCACCCGAGCGGACCCGUUUACGAGAUGCCCGCCCAAAACUACCGGUAAAGUGGGAGACGAGAGUUCACUAGUUGUUGGAGAGUGAAGCUAUAUUGGACCGGCAGAAGGGAUGGCAUCGUCCUAACAACCAACUAUAUCCGUUGGGAGAGCCAGCCCACGGCUGCGGCGGGAACAUACAAGGCAUGUGUCUUUUGUAUAUACUUGUCUAUACCCCGGCGUGUUCACCUUGAAGUGGGCUU